AUGGCAUUGGAGAGGCUCACUCAUCCAACUAUGAAAGCACAAGCUCCAGAUACCGAGGUUUCGUCAGCACUUACACUACUGCCUAUCCAUCACACCGUGAAUUACCAUCUCUCACAGGAUCACUUGGCGUGCAUCCGCCGCCAAUUCGACUCCAGAACAGAUACAGAUCUUGUUGAGAGCUUAUCUUGCAAUGAUAAGCAUAUCUCCAGAGAAAAUUGUCACUACGAAUGGUUAAAUGAGAUAUAUUUCCAGCAUGGUACCUUCAUACAAAGACAACAAAUGCGAUGUCAUCUCAGCGAUAGAACCAAAGAAACAGAAUAUUUCACAGGGUGCCCUCAUCAAAGUAUACGUAUCUAUCCACCAAAAUUCGGGUAUAAAAACGAUAAGCUUGAGAUACAGACUAGAAUAAACAACAAUCCGCCACGGUGUCCAAUUCACCCAAUGGAAAGCUGGAACAGCUCCCAAGGACCCUACACUCAGAUUGUUGUUUGCACAAUAUGCCAUUCAGAUGCAGAGUGUCUCUUGGAAGUUAAUGGUGCCUAUCUUAAGAUAAAGUAUACUUGCUAUAGGGAUCUUGGCCCAGGAACAUCUCCAACUGAUUCUAAAUGGCUUGCUUUGCUUACGGGAGAAGGCAGUCCUCAUCGACAAAAAUAUGAGCUCAAACUCUAUGCGCGCGUUUGGGGUAUUGGCAGAAGAUUGCGUCGGCCAGGUAUCCACGAGGUCACUCACCAAACACCGAAUGGACCAUUCAAUGCCCGCGAUGAGAUAUAUGGAAGAAGGGGGGAUUGA